AAGAAGGGGCCGGCCUUCGAGCGACAGCGACACAAGAUGGCAGCCACCACAGGCCCGGGAGUAAAAGUCCCUCGAAAUUUCCGACUGUUGGAAGAGCUGGAAGAAGGUCAGAAAGGAGUAGGCGACGGUACAGUUAGCUGGGGUCUAGAGGACGACGAAGACAUGACACUUACAAGAUGGGCAGGGAUGAUAAUUGGGCCUCCAAGAACAAUUUAUGAAAACCGAAUAUACAGACUUAAAAUAGAAUGUGGGCCUAAAUACCCAGAAGCCCCAUCUGUAAGAUUUGUAACAAAAGUCAACAUGAGCGGCGUGAGCAGUUCGAAUGGAGUGGUGGAUCCAAGGGCCACAGCAGUGCUGGCCAAGUGGCAGAAUUCCCACAGCAUCAAAGUCAUCCUGCAGGAGCUGCGGCGCUUGAUGAUGUCAAAAGAGAACAUGAGGCUACCACAGCCACCAGAAGGACAGUGUUACAGCAAUUAGUCACCAAGGCCCCGC